AUGAUGAGUUCUACUACCGGUAGUAAUAGCACUUCCACCAAUCUUGUGCAGCGGCGCACUUCAUCACGACAACGCAUGGGAGGAAAUUCUAACAUCUAUUGGUCGGAAAUCAAUUUUCCAUCUGUUCCAUGGGAUCGCCAUGUCAACGACAUUGAACACGGUCGCUUGGCCAAGUGCACCAAACGAAUUCUGGGGGCGACGGAGGACGAGAUUGCCAAGUUGCCCAUAUCUUACUUGGCAAAAGCCAUUUCAAAAGUGGCUGUGACUUCCAAGCCCAAGGAACAACAGGAACGACUCUUGAUGGACUAUGCGAGGGCGCUGCUGGCUAGGAACGUCGACCUCAGCGAUUGCGCUUUGUUUUGGCGUCCACGGUCGGCGUUAUCUGUUGCGGCAUAUUAUGGCUAUCCAAAGCUACUCAAGCUUCUUCUAGAUGCAAACUGCUUUGCGUCUUAUAGUGAGUUGCUUUCGACAGUAGAGAACGGACAGCAUGAAUGCUUGACAAUCCUUCUGGAACAGAGAAAGGAACACUUGCAAAUGGUUCUUCACGAACAAGAGUUUUCUGAGGAGAUGAAGACGUUGGAACUGGCAAUCCAUCGCAAAGAUCUUGUCAUCAUUCAAAUUCUGAGAGAUCUGGGACAAGCAAGGAUUUCAGACCGUGCCUACGAUCACGCAGCAGCAAAACUUCCAGCAAAUCUGCAAAAAUUGUAUCCAACAAACCAGAAUGUCCUGGCAUGGAGCAAGCAGCUACAUUGGAGUUUCCCAACCUCUGACCGACAAAUGAUCAACUACAUUUGGUAUUUGAUUGCCCCAAAUAGUGGCAUUGCUGCUGAAGUCUGGCUCAACAUUUUUAGUUUCAUGGGAAGAGGCUGGUGGGUCGAUGUACUUAUAUCCGCCAAACGGAAGGAGUGGGGUGCGGAUGUCACUGAGAUGAAUAUCAUUCCAAGUGGUGCCGGAAACGACUAG